GGCCCGGCCCGGAGCGCCCUCAGCCCGGUCCCCUCCAGGGCCGCGGCCCCGGUGCCGGACGGGCCCCGCGGGCCGGGUGUGGGCGCCCCCAUGUCGGCGCCGCUGAAGAAGGGCCCCGGCGGGCUCAUCGGGCUGAUGAAGGACGCGUUCCAGCCGCACCACCACCACCUCGGGCCGCACCAGCCCGGCGCCGUGGACAAGAAGAUGGUGGAGAAGUGCUGGAAACUCAUGGAUAAGGUGGUACGUCUGUGCCAAAACCCCAAACUGGCCCUGAAGAACAGCCCUCCCUACAUCCUGGACCUGCUGCCUGACACCUACCAGCACCUGCGCACCAUCCUGUCCCGCUACGAGGGCAAGAUGGAGACCCUGGGGGAGAACGAGUACUUCAGGGUCUUCAUGGAGAACCUGAUGAAAAAAACCAAGCAGACCAUCAGCCUCUUCAAGGAAGGGAAGGAACGGAUGUAUGAGGAGAACUCCCAGCCUAGGAGGAACCUGACCAAAUUGUCCCUGAUAUUCAGCCACAUGCUGGCAGAACUCAAAGGGAUUUUCCCCAGUGGCCUCUUCCAGGGGGACACGUUCCGGAUCACCAAGGCAGAUGCUGCAGAAUUUUGGAGAAAGGCUUUUGGUGAAAAGACCAUUGUUCCUUGGAAGAGUUUCAGGCAGGCCCUGCACGAGGUGCAUCCCAUCAGCUCUGGGCUGGAGGCCAUGGCCCUGAAAUCCACCAUCGACCUGACCUGCAAUGACUACAUCUCAGUCUUUGAGUUUGACAUCUUCACACGCCUCUUCCAGCCCUGGUCAUCUUUGCUGAGGAACUGGAACAGCCUGGCAGUGACUCACCCUGGCUACAUGGCAUUCCUCACCUAUGACGAGGUGAAGGCCAGGCUGCAGAAAUUCAUUCACAAACCUGGCAGUUACAUUUUCCGACUGAGCUGUACCCGCCUGGGUCAGUGGGCCAUUGGCUACGUCACUGCAGAUGGCAACAUUCUCCAGACAAUCCCCCACAACAAACCUCUUUUCCAAGCACUGAUUGAUGGCUUCAGGGAAGGCUUUUAUUUAUUUCCUGAUGGCCGGAAUCAGAAUCCUGACUUGACUGGCUUGUGUGAGCCCACACCUCAGGACCACAUUAAAGUUACCCAGGAACAAUAUGAGCUGUACUGUGAGAUGGGCUCCACGUUCCAGCUGUGUAAAAUCUGUGCUGAGAACGACAAGGAUGUGAAGAUUGAGCCUUGUGGGCACCUGAUGUGCACCUCCUGUCUCACAGCCUGGCAGGAAUCAGAAGGCCAAGGUUGUCCCUUCUGCCGCUGCGAGAUCAAAGGCACCGAGCCCAUCGUGGUGGAUCCAUUUGAUCCCAGAGGAGGAGGAGGAUUGUCCAGGCAAGGGGCAGAAGGAACCCCCUCUCCCAAUUAUGAUGAUGAUGAUGAUGACAAAGCUGAUGAUUCCCUCUUCAUGAUGAAAGAACUCGCUGGUACCAAAGUGGAACGUCCUCCCUCGCCCUUCUCUCUGGCUCCCCAGGCUGCCCUCCCUCCCGUGCCCCCCCGGCUGGACCUGCUGCAGCAGAGAGUGGCCAACCCCCCUGGGGCCUCCAGCCCUGGCACCACCUCCAAGGUCAGGCACAGCUCCCCCCCCUUCCUUCAGCUGGGAUUUGGGUGACCCCAACAUCUUCUCCCUGACAUCCCCAAGUAUUUUCUUCCUUUUCUGUCUGGCCUCCCUUAGCGUGACUCAACCUCAAUCCCUGCUCCCUCUAAUACAGAAGGUAUCAUAUGGGGGGGCAGGCCCAUGCCCAAGGCCCCGGUGGGGGCUGCAGGCGCUGCGGAGCCGUGGGCGGGCAGGGAGUUGUCCAACAGGCACUCGCUGCCCUUCUCGCUGCCCUCCCAGGUGGAGUCCAGGGCUGAGAGCCUCCGGCUCGGCAGCACCCUCAGCCUGGACAGCCCCGGGGGGAGUCUCAGCCUGGACAGCCCCGGGAGCUCCAGCAGUGGUCCAGCAGCAACCUCAGAGUGUGAACACCCCAAAAUCAAACCCUCCUCAUCUGCCAAUGCCAUCUACUCCUUAGCUGCCAGACCACUGCCUGUACCAAAACUGCCUCCUGGGGAGCAGUCUGAGAGUGAUGAGGACACUGAAUACAUGUCACCAUCCUCUCUGCCUGUGGUGCCUCCAGGUCCUGCUGUGCAAAAACCAGAGCUCAAAAUGCCUUUGGAAAUGACUCAGAGUUUACGAGUUUUGGACUGUGACCAGCAGCCUGAGGGCUCCAUGUAUGAAGCAAUGUACAACAUUCACUCCCAAGCAGCAUCCUCUGCUUUCGAGGCUGUCAACACUUCUGAUGAAGGGAAGCUGGCAGCGGGCAGUGCCAGCAAUGGCCCUGAGGAGUCAGAGAAUGAGGAGGAUGGCUACGAUGUCCCCAAGGCGCCGCUGCCCGUGGCCAUGGCUCGCCGCACGCUGUCCGACAUCUCCAACGCCACUCCCGCCUUCGGCCGCAUGUCCCUGGACACCGACCCCGGCACAGGUUUUUCGGACGGCUCCCAAGUCCCCGAGCGGCCGCCGAAGCCGCUGCCCCGGCGCAUCAACUCGGAGCGGAAAGGCGGGAGCUGCCAGGGAGGAGGAGCCAGCAGCGGGGCCAGCUCCUCCCUGCACCUCUCCAGCGAGAUCGAGAACCUCAUGAGCCAAGGCUACUCAUAUCAGGACAUUCAGAAAGCUCUGGUCAUUGCACAUAACAAUAUUGAGAUGGCCAAGAACAUUCUGCGGGAGUUCGUGUCCAUCUCGUCCCCGGCGCACGUGGCCACAUAGCACACGAGCACCUCCACACCUGAGCUGCUGUAGGACCAACUGCCUGGGCAGCUGCUGCCCAGCUGUGCACCAAAGGGGAAGGGGGUUCCUUUAGAGACUUCGUGCUGAGGUCAGUCCUGCCUCUUUAAGAGAAUCAGUUAUCAGGUUUUCGUGGUUCCAGAUUUCAAAGCAGUGGGAUGGAACGGAGCGGAGCGGUGUUUUAUACAGUGUGUGUCUUGGAGUCCUUUACCCCUACCUCUUGUCUGAGAGAACAGAUUUAUCUCCAGGGUGUUGCUAGAGAAAGGUAUCGUGACAAGGGAUCCCCGAGCUGAUGCCCUGGAGGCUGGGGGGAGUUGUUUUGUGCUGUGAAUUUUAAGUGGAUGCUCAGAGAAACAAAGUCUCGAGGUCGGUGUGGUGUGUCCUGUGGUUCAUGGUACUAGGUUUGGAUCUGUUCGCUGCUGUGUGUCUGGCUCAGGCUUUUUAGAGAAGCUGGGAGGUCACUUUCUGCUGGGAAUUUAUAGGAGACCUUGGAAGAAUCAUUUGAUAGCUUCCUGUUGGCUGUGGUGUGUCCCUCUUGCCUGUAAUAAUAGCAGUUAUUGCUUCUGAUUUCAGUCCUCCCUUGGUGCCUGGACAUAGCAGGAUGAGCUUGUCAGGGGUUUUGAUCCUGGCAGUGCUGGGGGUUGGAUUUCUCUCGUGUGUGUGUGUGUGUGUGUGCUCUUGCACCAGAUUCCAGCAGCUGGAGGAGCUUGGCGUGGUUUUGAGGGGUGGGAGAGGGAGCAGAGAAUUUGAGCAAGAGCAAGAACUGGGGCUGCUGCUUCUCCUCUCUUAGCCUUGAGCAUUUUGUGCUUCAGUGCUCAAAUUUGAUUUGUGGCCCUGCUGGGCUGGAGCAGCCCUCACUGGACACUCCCAUUGCUCUUCCCUAGGAAUGUUGCACCUGGUAAAUUGGAUGUUUUAUUUAUCUUCAUUGCAUGGUGGCUGUUGCAGACUAGUGGCCUUCACACCCAUUCCUCCAGAGAGCUUCUGCAGGAGCCAUCGUCGUGCCAGGGUGUUUUGUGGAAUUGGUAGAUGCAGCUGAUGUGUUUGUUGGAAUCUCACCUGCUUUGCAGUCACAGAAAGGCAGCACUUCUCUGCAUGGCUGUCCAAACAACGUGAGGGCUCUCCUUUCCAUUUCCUUUUUUUCUAAGAUAUUGCCAGGUCUGGUGUUAAAAUAGACCUGGGGAAAAAAAUUCUGUGUUUGUGAAGUGAUCACGUGGUUUUAAAGGUCAGAACUCAGCUGUUGCAUUGGAAAAACCUGACUUGCCUACUCAGCUACUUAACUCUGUUCAUACUGGUGGAGUGGAUGGUUCCUUUGGAGAGGAUUUAGAUGCAGGAGGCACAGACAGAUCACAGCCUGACAGCCUGAGAGGUUCUUGGCCUUUGGAGCAUGUCCAGCAUUAUUUGCACCUCCCUGAGGUCAGCAGAGGUCACCAGGCUAAGGGCUGCAGCUUGGAGCACUGCUGGAGUGAUUCUGGCACUCGGGUGCAGUUUGGCCUUUUGAGGAAUCCAGAGGCUGGGCCAGGUGGCUGCAGUUGGCAGAGAGGCCUUGAGGAGUGUUAGCAGAGCAGAAAGUGGGUUUCUAAUUAAAGCUGAGGUUUCUCUCUAGACCUACAGCUUUCUGAAUUGCUGCAGUGGCUUCCAGGCAGGCUGAGCUCUCUCUUUACUCCCCUCCUUUGUGUAGUGGAGAAAACACUCUCAGACAGGGUGAGAUCUCCUGCCAUGCUCUGAGCCCACACUUUGCUGUUUUGGGGUCAGGGCUGGCAUGGGCAGGGGGCUCUGCAGGGCACAGGGGAAGGUGGGCUCAGUGCCUGAGGGAAGAAGGAGGGGCAGAAGAGCUGCUCUUCCCCCUGUGCCCCCAGUGAGCUGCCAGCCCUGCUCCCAGUGGGAUGUGGGAGCCUCUGGAGGAGCAAGGUGCUGCUGGGCAGCAGCUGGGGACAGCUGUGGCUGUUGUGCCACCCUGGGGAGCCUGAGCAGCCCAGCAGUCCCCAGUCCUGGAGAUCCAGGUGCCAACCCUUCAGUGAGGGGUUUCUUUCCCUCUUUCUCACACUGCUACUGAGCUCAGUGGGACUCCUGCCAUGGCUGGGCAAGGGCCGAGUGCAGCCAGCUCCAAAGCCUUAACUCCUGUCCUGCCCAGUGUGUGUGACCAGAGCAGUGACUCCCUGUCCCCUCCCAGCCCUUGGGGCAGGCUGGCUGUAAUUUCCAUGAAAUCCUGCUUGGCAGAGCUGUUCCAGGCCUGUCUUUGGGGUCUAAGUGCCAAGAGAUGUUCCUGUGGGUGUUGUUCUGGGUAUUAGAGAUUAGAGAGAGCAAUCUUUGUGGCAUGUAUCACUGAUUUCUCUGCAUGUGUCCUUUCUGUGCACUUGUUUAUGUCUCAAACUGAUUUAAGAAACUUAAGUCUUGCCUUUUCUUCCUUAGACACGUUAAGAAUUUGCUGAUUCCACUGAGGGCAGCAGAGUCCUGGCCAUGUCUUGUGCCUGUGCUCUGCCAGCUCAAUCCAGGCACUGCCCAGUGGAUUUUUCUUGUUCUUUCUAAGCCCAAGAUUGAUUGCUCUUCUUUCCCUUCACCUCCUUCUUCUUCAUUCUUUAGAAAAUGAACUUUCUGAUGCUACUUUAAAAAGGAAAAACAACCCAAAUGUCUAGUGCCUUUCUUAAGGGGAUGCUGCAUGGCCAGGCUGGAUCCAAGAAUCCCCUCUGGGAAAAUGAGCAGAGCUGGACAAGCAGCACCAAAGUGCUUUGGGAAGGGGUGAAAAGGAGAGCAGGAGAGAUGGGCAAUGGUCCCUUGGACUCUGACACUGUUUUUGUAGCAUUUCAGCCGUGGAGCUUCUGUGUCUGGACUGGUGCUGGGCCGAGUUGGGAUCAGGGGGGG